AAUGAUCAUUUGGAAUUUUAUUUCAGAGGCUGAAACAUGAGGUUUCUUCUUUCGUCUUUACUUUUGGCUUCUGCCUGCUUUGCUUUGUCCUUGGCGAAAACCGAUUGUCAGGAACACCGCGAGAGAGAGUUGAAGUCCAACAGCAGGGUGAAGCUCGUGCCCAAAUGUAACGAAAAUGGAGAAUACGAAGCCAUGCAAUGCUACGAAAACUCGCCUUUCUGCAGUUGUUGGAGACCAAACGGAACAGCCAUCAUUCAGCCAGUUUUGAAAUUGAAGUCUUGCAACUGUAUCGUUCACAGAGACAGAGUAGUAUCUAGAAGGCUUAUUGGAACUUACAAACCGCAGUGCGAAGCGGACGGAACGUACAGCCGAACGCAGUGCCAUGGCGGCAUGGGAUAUUGUUGGUGCGUCGACGAAAAUGGGAAUAAAGUCAACAAAAACCUUAACGAUUGUUAAAUUCCCGACAGAUAAAAUGUAAAAUUGUUGUGUUAAGAAGCUUUUAACAUGUUAGUUCUUUCGGCUUGAUUAAUAAAGGAAAUUGAGAAAGUA